AUGUCUGGUAGGGACCGUCCUUCGUGUUCGCCCAUGUCUAUCGGAGUAUUUUAUCCAGUUUUAGAAUCGGAGAUGCUCGAUCCGAUAAGCCUGAAAAGACUCAAAGCACCGUUUUGGAACUUGGCAUGGACAGAGAACACUGAGGGAAACUCAGGGGGCACAUUCGGUUACGUUCCAGAACAUAUCCCAUUUAGCAGGGACGGCCGCCUCAAACCGUGGUCGGCAAUUGGAGCAAAGAACCUAUCUUUGGCCAAUCCAAACCGUACCGGAUUAUACUUUCGCGACGAGAUCCUGAACACCAAUGCCUACCCCUGGAGCACCAUUGGCCGUGUCGAUUUUAAAAGAUUUCAAGGCGAUAAUGGCGGGUGGUGCACUGCUUCCUUAGUUGGGAGCAACCUCAUCCUCACAGCGAGCCACUGCUUUCCCUGGGGAUUCAACCGGACCCGAUGGAUGCGAUUCGUACCGGGGUACAGAUUCGGCAACGAGCCUUAUGGCGGAUCAUUUGUUUCCCGAUGCCGAGGGGUUAAGAACACGUCGAAUGUCACAGGGAUCGACUACAUCGUUUGCCGUCUCUGCGAGCCUUUGGGGAAGAUCGCCGGCUGGAUGGGUACAUCGUGGUGGGAAGAGCCUGGGCAGUACAUGGUACGGACAUGGCGAAGUUCGGGUUACCCAGCCGACUCCCUAGGUGGCCUUACACAAAUGCUUCGCUCAGAUAUCCAUCUCAAUAACGUUGACUUGCACUUCGACAAGGGGAAUGAGCUGGAGUCCGAUAUCUAUGCAUCUGCAGGUUGGUCUGGUGGUCCAAUGUGGGGAUAUAUCGCGGGAGCCCCAAAGAUCGUGGGCGUCUGCAGUGGCAGCGAGAAGGACUGCAGCGAAAGGGUGGAAGGAUGUAAUAGAAUCGAGGACUUCGACGACGAUAACGGACACGAUGUCUCUGCAGGUGGUAGAUUGAUGAGUGACCUGAUUGCCUAUGCCAUGGCCCACUGGGCAGAUAAAUAA